AUUAAGCAGGGGUUGGUCCAGCCUCGGCGUCCCUAAGGGUUGACCCGUGUUGCCGCCGCUGCCGCCGCCGCCGCCGCAUCUUUGCGCCGGGACGCUCGCUGACGGGCUGCUGUGCCGAUCCACUGAGCAGAGGAAGAAGCAUGAAUCUGGGGGAUGGUUUAAAGCUUGAAACUGAAAUACUGGAUGGGAAGCCUAGGCUGAUACUUGCUUCUUGUGUGGGAAAGUCCAAACCAAGUGUCAAAAUGUGCAAUAAGAACAAAAUCUUAAAGCAUACAUUGCGAGCGAAACAGAAUGGUCAUAUUCUCAAAGCAGUGCAGACUUCCUGUGAAAAGAAUGAAUGUUUGAUGAAACACAAAACUGGAUCAAGACUUUCUGUAGCAAAAGGUGGCAAAAACCCUGAGACUUCAGUAUUUACUAAGGAUUCACCAAAAGAGUCCUGCAAUAAAGAUCAUGCUUUUAUUGUCCAAAAGGACGCUACAACUGGUAGGCUUGAUAAUGCCAGAAUUUCAUUUAAGAAACCUUUGAUGUCCAACAAGAAGCUUAAAAAUCAUCCUGUUUCCAUUGAGGAUCUACGAGACAACUUGGUAUGUUUGACACAACAGCAACUUGAACAGAUUUUGAUGGCUGUAAAAGAAGGAACCAAAGGAGUCUCUCAGUUUCAGGGUGGCAAGGAAGAAACAACAAUAUCAAAGAGUGCAGAAGGUAACACUCCUGCUGCUCGGACUCCAGAGGAAAGCAUAAUGGGAUUACUUCAAAAGGCUGGUGAACUUCCAUCUGUUCCAAGUGAAACUAGUUUCAUUUCAAACAAAAAAGAAAGGAUGUCCAAGCAUUUUGAAGAGAAAGCAAUCACGAAUUCAUGGAAACCAGCUGACAUAUUUAGUACUCUGGGAGAAAGAGACCGAGAUAAAACCUUGUUGGAUGCUAAGAAGUCCCAGUGGAAGAAAGAACUGGAUGAACAAGUAGCUUUAAAGAAGAAGCUCAAAGAAACUUUGGAAACAGGGUCAAAAGAUUACCUGCAGCAGACUGAUACAAGGAAAAGCUGCUCCGAAAAAUUGCUAAUGGCUCAUCAGGCUAAGAUGGCAUUUUCAGAUGACUUAAGCGCUGCAACCGAUGAUAUCCACACUUGUAGAAGUUUAACCAUUGAGGCUACUGAAACUUCACCCAGUGUUUCAAGUGGGCAAACUGGACAGUUCUCUAGUUUCAGCUCUCCUGAUUUGCCAGCUGCUAUUCGAACAGCAUUUGUUUUAGGGGAAGCAACACCAAUAGAACAUCCUUUUAGUGCUGUCAAACGUGAACAACAGAAAAAGUGGCUUGAAGAGCUUGAUAAACAAAGGGAAGCUGACAAAUUACGAAAACUAGAAGAAAAAUACAAUUUAUCCAAGGGUGAAGAGCAUGACAAGUGGACAAUCCAUUUUGAUUCUUUCAGGAAUCACAUUAAUUCCUUUUCACAACACCCUUUAAAUGCAACACAUAAAAAGCAACCUGAAGCUUUAUACCUUUCCUUUGAACCUGAGGAUCAGACUGCUAUUACACCUACAGCUUUAUGUCAUCCCACACCUGCAGAGGUGGAAAUCUCAGGAAAGGAUGUGGGAAGCAAUAUUGUGGAGCCAAAUCAGAAAACUAGUUUCCUUCGCUCAAUGACGGCCCUUUUGGAUCCUGCUCAAAUUGAGGAAAGAGAACGGCGACGGCAAAAACAAUUAGAACACCAGAAAGCCAUAAUGGCUCAGGUGGAAGAAAAACGGCUGAAGAAACAACUUGAGGAGGAAAAAAGAAAGCAGGAAGAGCAAGAAGAAGAGCUCCGGCUUGCCAAGGAACAAGAACUGAUGAAGAAGCAGUUUGAAGAAGAUCUGCUCAAACAAAAGCAAAAAGAAGAAAUUAUGACUCUGAAAACAAAUGAGCUAUACCAGACGAUGCAGAAGGCUCAAGAGCUGGCCCAGAGAUUGAAACAGGAACAGCGUAUUAAAGAUCUUGCUCAGAAGGGGCAUGAUAUUUCCAAAUUGCAGAAGAAUCUUGGUGGUGGUGAUGCAUCAUGUGAGAGUAACUGCACUGACCUGAACAGCCUCCUGGAUAUUGAUGAUCAUCAUGAUCGCUGUUCUGGAGAGAACGACAGUAUAUUGAAACAAGAAGUCAAAACUGUUCUGUCUCCUCGGAAAGACACAGCUGUGCAGACAGAGAGUAUUAACAUUGAUGCACAUACUCAUUCUGAAAUGUUCUGUAAACAAACUGGGAAAGGAAGAGUGGGCUGUGCAUCUCCAGAUAUUGCUAUAGAAUAUAAAGUGGACUUCAGCAAAAAAUGCAAGAAAGAAGCACAGUAUCUAGAUAAAAAGAUUUCAGAAAAAGAGAAUAUUGUCAGUUACAGCAAUCUAUAUGAAAAAUUUGCUCAAAAACAAAAACAAACCAAAGCAGUGGAAAGGAAUGGAAAAAGACCAGACUGGAACAUAAACAAACCUUGUAGGAGGUAUAUACCAGCAUCAGAAAAGUAUCCAAAACGUCUGCAAAAGCAAAGAGAAGAAAAGAAAGCUCGACGACAAAUGGAACUGCUUCAGUUGAUUGAAAGAAAUAGCCCUGGAAAUCUUAGUCAAAAGAAAGGUGUUUCUCCAGAUACAUUCCCUUCACCUCACCUUCACAAUGAAGAUGAUGUUAAAGAUAAGGAAGAUUCAUCUCCAAAAAACUGUUUGCUUGAACAAAGAUCAAACUCACCACCUGUUCCAGCAGUUAAAAACAGAUUACAGCAACAAGUGAAAUCUCCUGAUCUCCCACCACAUGAUGGCAGUGAUGGAAGAGAUAAGACCAUCUGUACCAAUACCUAUCAAAGUGAAAGAUCUCCUCCAAGUCCUGAAACGGAAAGGCCGCCUUCAUCUCACUUUGUUCCUUAUGUGCGAACGAAUGAAGUAUAUUACCUUGAUCCGGAUGCACCCAUGACUAGACCCUCAACGCAUGAUCCACAAUAUGAACACCUGAAUGAUGCUUACCAUACACCACGGCAAAUUUUUAGCUCUGAUCAUGUAAGGGAUCCACUGUUUAAUCCUAAUGUGGUGAGAAACAGACAGCAGGCCAUACUCAAAGGACUUUCAGAGCUACGACAGGGUCUCCUACAGAAGCAGAAAGAAUUGGAGACAUGCCUUAUUCCAAGCAGCACAAGUCAAGAAGAGAACUUUAUUUCACCAUUUUAAGAAUUCCACAUCGGAUACAUUGAUAUCAUGCUAUGUUGGCACUUUAUGCUUACUACUGUAAUUAUGAACCAAGUCUGUAGAAUGAGGACUUUUGUUCAUUUUAAUUGAGGAUGCUUGAAUAACUGGUUACAUAUUUUGUACUUCUCUUGUAAGCCACCCAAAGUCUAUGGGAAUAGGGCAGUAAAUAUGAAUAAAUAAGAAAUCAGUUUUGGAUAAACUUGAUGGAAGAACUCAUUUAGCUGGAAACAGUGCUAUAGCAUGUGGUUUUGUUUACAUGGAAUAGUUGUAUAAUAAUUUAAAUGUUAUGUUCUUUGCAUGAGGAAUAAAGUAUUGGGUAUUUGAAUGUC